CGUUAUCAGCCUGACUCCUCGAGAAUUCAACUCCUACGGCUCCCGCCGAGGGAAUGAUGCCAUCAUGGCGCGGGGGACAUUCGCCAACAUCCGCUUAUUAAACAAAUUCUUGAACAAGCAGGCACCACAGACUAUCCAUCUGCCUUCUGGUGAAAUUCUUGAUGUGUUCGACGCCGCUGAGCGGUACCAGCAGGCGGGCCUCCCCCUCAUCGUCCUGGCCGGCAAGGAGUACGGCUCGGGCAGCUCCCGAGACUGGGCCGCCAAGGGCCCUUUCCUCCUGGGAAUCAGAGCUGUCCUAGCGGAGAGUUACGAGCGCAUUCACCGAAGUAACUUGGUCGGGAUGGGGGUGAUCCCUCUCGAGUACCUCCCUGGGGAGAAUGCAGACACCCUGGGACUCACCGGGCGUGAACGAUACACUAUCAGCAUUCCAGAAACCCUGAAACCACGAAUGAAAGUCCAGAUCAAGCUGGACACCGGGAAGACCUUCCAGGCUGUCAUGAGGUUUGACACCGACGUGGAGCUCACUUAUUUCCAUAACGGGGGCAUCCUCAACUACAUGAUCCGCAAGAUGACCAAGUAGGCCCUGGUCUCCUUGGAGAUGGGCGGCCCAGCGGCCCGGCGGCAGGAGGAAGCACAGCCCGCAGGCCCCGGGUUGGCAGCCUCUUUGCCCCUGGCCUCCUCCCCUGACCCUCGCCUCCACGCAGGGGUGCUGCCUGCCCAGGGCGCCCUGAGGUCCCAGUGUGGAUCCUCUGCACACAGAAUCAGCAGUUUCUACAUGCGCUAUUUUUGUUAAUCUUUUUAUCUUGUUCUAGAAUUUGGGAGCUUAGAAUGGUGGGACUGUCACUUGUGCCAAGAAGGGAGAGUUGAACCCUUUAAGGUCACUGAUCACUGAAUGUUGAUUUUUCACUCUUAGCCGCUAAUGUUGAGCUCCUGCCCAGUUUCUGGCUCCUGUCCGUUGCCCUCUGCUCCAUGAAACGUCCCCCUUGAGAGUCCGUUGCCUCUGUGUGCUCUGCCAGUGUAACUGACAAGGCGGAGGGGACGUGUUCGCACGUGGUGACCGUAGUCCCUCCACCCCGCCGAUUCCUCCAGAGUGAAUGACCCAGGCACCUCGGGAACGGCUCAUUCAAACUUUUCACUUGUGUACUUUUUGACAGAUCCACACUGAGGAAAUAUGGAGAUGUCUUUCAGUAGUUUCAUAAAGUUUCCCUAGAAAACUUUUCAUGUAUCAUGAGGAGAACUUUGGAGGUGGUUUUGGAGAGAUAUGCAGAACAUUUCUAAUUUGAAUAAGAUUAAAUCUAUUUUCAAGGAAAA